AUUCUUCAAUUCAUAUUUCUUUCUGGUUGUAAAUCAUUUUGUUUAUUUUGGUUUGGUGUGUGUCGCAAUCGAAGUCUGAUGAAAAUUUAGUAUUAUUGGGAAAGCAUUUGAACAACAACAUAUUUGAAAUUGAAAGAAAAAAAAAUUAAAAACGAAAACGAGAAAGGAGACGGAAUUGAAAGAGAAAAAAAAAUGUCAAGGCAUCGUUUAAAUUUGUUGAAAUUGUUUGUGAUUUUGUACAGUAUUUGUGAUGAGAGUUACUCGCACAUUCGGCCACUUUAUGAAGAGUUACAAAUUAAUCGUUCGAUUGCCGAAUAUUUUCAAAUCGAAGAUACUCUCUGGACGGCCAUUAUGCGUCGCGAUGAAAAUACAUUGGAAUCAAUUUGCAACGAACAUAAAAUUCGUUUAAAUGAGAAUUUAUUUCAAAAUAUCAUUGAACGAAAUCGAAUUGGUGUCGAUUUGGAACUAUCAAAUGGACUGAGAUUUCUCAACGAUACAACAACCAAUGUGUAUAACAUCAUCAAAUCUCGUGACUAUGGCGGAUUGAUGCGGUAUUCGGGUAGUCAUCGAGUCAAAAAUAUUACCGAUGCAAUUCAAAAAAUCAGUCGAGCAAGCAUUUCAUCGGAUCUUUGGCGAGAUUUAAGCGAUGAUGCUCGGAUUUGCAAGCAGCAUUAUACAACGAAUUAUCAAUCCGAACAUCAUAUGCUUGUCGAAGUGUAUAAGGAUAUUGAAACGAGCGUAUUGCGUGGCUAUAUGGUUGUUCAGUUGGCCUACAUGAUACUUGGUCUACGCGAUCGGGAAAAGUAUCGAAAUGAAGCCAGAGACUUGCAUCUUAAGAUUUUAGAACAUAAUAACAAUUUUCGAUCAAGCAUCAAGGAAGUAAUUUCAAAUGCAAACCGUGACGUAAUUUCAUGCAGCCCAGACAACUAUGUCUUUGAAUCGACGGAGUACGAAACGAUAACUGGAUUUUUACAAGGUUUUGUCGACAACGAAAUAAAUCUCAAUGAACAGAAUACAUGUAAAAACACAUGCGAAGAUUAUCGACUCACUCGACAAUAUGGUUGUCAUAAUGAUACCCUUUGCGGUGUACCGCUCAAGAAUCAACGCAUCAACAAAUGCAACGGCAUUUUAAGAGACUGUGAAUUUAUCGGAUCCGAUUUGGAAAUAUGCCCAUCGAGUGUGGAGAUGAGACGUUACAAAUACCUAAAAUAUGAGAAUGGACGUCAUUUGGGCGACAAGGGUGGUUGUGCUCAAGGCAUUUCAGCCCAUUCAUGGACAGAUUGGUUUGUUCGAUGUCAUAAUUGUUUCUGCAUAUGCGAUGAAUCCGACAAUGCAUCCGAUCGAUAUUUUAGCUUGAGAGAGGUGGUCUCCGACAUCGAAUCAAAUCACAUUGUAACCGGAAUUCAUAUUGCCAAACCAAACCGAAUCGUUGAAUUAGUUGUUUCGACACGAAAGCUCCAAUCUUUUGGCCGUUUGAAACCGACCAAUAACUACUUUCACUACAAUUACCCAACAUGGACGCGGUCGCAUCCGAAGCUCAAUUUCAACGAUCCGGAUUUAAAAGAGGGCAUUGAUUAUCAUAAACUAACAUAUAAAAAUCGUUCGAUAAAUUUCGAUACAAUAAUAUUGCCACAAGGUCAUAUUGUCACUGGCGUUCGAUUUGCAUUGCACAACGGCCAUUUGCGUUUGGAGGUGCGAGCAACCGAAUUCGAUUUUGAAACUGGCACACUUAUGAAUUUAGCAAAUAGCACUUGGUAUGCCAACGACAAUGGUGGUCGUUUGGAAAUUUAUUUGAAUAAACCAAAACCAAUUGGAUUGCAUGGUUAUCCGAUAAUCAAUAACAUUCCCGACUCGUAUGUGAAAUUUACGCCAACCGACAAAGAAGCUGAUGCAUCACAAACAAUUGUUCCUUAUUUAGAGACACAAAAAGUCGAACCAAUCAUACCAGUUCCCCUUUCUGGAGUUGGACUCUAUUACAAGGGUCGACAAGGCCAUGGCGGUGUUAUUGCACCGAAACUCGUUGUUUACAAUUUCGAAAGCAUCAUUUAAUUGAGUGCUCUCUUGCAUCGUCAUCAAAAGAUGAUUUUUUUUUUGUAAAUCAAGUCGCAGAAUAGAUACAAAAACAACAUUUUGGCGUUUAAUACAUUUUCUCAUUUUUUUUGUAACUACCAUUAUUGCCAUAAAUCAUUUAAUGAAAUUAAACAAAGAUAUCAGAAUUUUUGGCAUUGAAUUUCAUUGCCAGACUCAUUUAUUCUGGCAUGAAAUUCAAAUGAAAACAUUUUUUAAACUCUGAUUCAAGUGUUUGUAUCAUUUAAGUUUAAAUAAAUGGAUGGAAUUAAUCCGACGCGCCAGAAAAA